AUGGGCGGGAUGGACGGCGCAAAAAGGCAAAGGGGGAAACGACGGGAGGAAAAGGCGAGGAAGGGAAAUGGGCCGUCUUUGUGGGAUAUGUUCUCUCUCCCCCUCCCGUGUCCUAAAAUUAGUCCUUGUGGUGCCAUGCCUCCUGGGCUGGACACCUACCCCCCCCUGAGGACACGCUGGAGGCUCCCUGGCACUCUCAAGGGGCUUGCGAGGAUGAUAUAGGCCUAUGUCAAGGACCCCACGUUCGAAAAGGCCAAUUAACGCAGUCGGGCGAGAUGGCUGCAUCCUGUUGCAAGGAAAUAGUUGCUCAUCCUGCCAAGACAAAGGCAGGGUGUUCAAGCAAGAAAUAUUUACGGUAUCUGAUGCCUCGUUUGUCUUUCAGCACAUACUUUAGGUGUGUAAGAAGACAAAAUGGAAGGUGCCGAAAGCGACGACAUUGGAGCUUCCUUCCUGUCCUCUGAACAGUACAUGGUCGAGGGCCAUGUUGGCCACGGACACCAACACGACGACGAAGACAAGGAAGACCUCCCGCAUCUCCUCCGAGAACAAGACCGCUUCCUGCCCAUUGCUAACGUUGCGCGGAUCAUGAAGAAGGGAAUCCCAAAGACUGGCAAGGUAGGAGGAAACAAAAUUGCAAAGGACGCCCGAGAAUGUGUACAGGAGUGUGUGAGUGAAUUCAUCAGCUUUGUAACGAGUGAAGCUUCAGAUCGCUGCCAUCAGGAAAAAAGAAAGACCAUUAAUGGUGAAGACAUCCUCUGGGCCAUGAAUGCUUUAGGGUUUGAAAACUACGUAGAACCACUUAAAAUUUACUUACAAAAAUUCCGUGAGUCCACGAAGGGAGACAAGCCCUUGGAUAGUACUUUGGAAGGUGCUUAUGAGGUGGACUUUGGAAACAACAUGACCACAUUCGCCGCAGAACAUGUCAGCCAGUCGGACAUUGUGUGCACAUACGGCCCAGCGGGGCAAGUGUCACAGCAGUUCACUUUAGGUUAAAUACUCUAAUAGUUAGUGUGUGUGUUAGUUUGAUAAUUUUAUGCAAAUCAUAAAUGAAAUUUUCAUUGAAAUUGGGUGAAUAUUUUCUGGCAUAGUCAAUGCAUUCGAGUGUGUUGUUGUUCCGAGGAGGAAUCUUCAUCUCAUUAUGACCUUCAUUAGCAUUGUUCAAGGAUGUUGACACACUUCAGGUUUCUCAGAAAUGAUGAGUGAAGAUGAAGUUUGCAUUGUCAUGUUUUGUUAUCAUGACCCUCGUGGCCAUGAAGGUGAUGGUAUUUAAGGAGAAUUACUUACCUUGCAGGCUACGGGAACUUGUACCUCACUUGUUUUCUGAGCCAGUUUGAAAUGCCAGAGCCAGAAUAUCUCUUGUGGAACUAGAAUAUGUUUGAUGGAGGAAUUGGCUUUUGGCCUUGCCUGUUAAUCUGUUACAAGAAUGAUUAAAACCUCAAAUUUUGGGGUGAAUCACUUUUUCAUUGCAUAGUGGUGAAAACCAGACGUGAACUUUUGAUGAAGGUACAAGAUAGCCAUUGCUUUUGGGUGAAAUAAACUACGUUACCCAGAAUGUGAUGAUAAACGAUUCAGGUUUUAUUUAUGAAAGAGAAGUUUUUACCUGAUUAAUAGGUGGGGCAUUCACUUCCAGUCCCAGGGUAUUCUAGGUCCAUGUGACCAUUUUUUGAAGGAUACAUAGACUAUUGUAUUCUAAGGUUUUGUUUUACAGUAAAAGCAAAUAUAUAUGGUUA